GUAGGAUGCUAAUAUCUAGAUAACGUAGAGUUUAUAUCUGACUAUAUAUCUUUGUACAUGCCCUUAUUCCGCUCCGGCUGCAACAUCAUUACCUUCCUUACAUAAUCCAUAUUUCUUUCUGUUGAUAACGAUGCCCUUGUGUUGUUAUCUGACGGGAAAACCUCCAAUCAGAUGGCUGAUGGCGGCAGACCGGUUCCGUUGUUCCGGCUGCAAAACGGCCGCUCAUGAAAGCUCCGUUCACAAGAUACAAGCAGGCCGACGCCCUCACAAUAAUUUUCUGAUCAAAUGAUGCGUACUAUUGUGAACUAAUCUAAUCAGGCGUGAUGCAGACACAGAAGGAAUGGCAUCUGAGCCGCGAGGAGGGACUUUCACGACCGAAUCAAAAGCAGCAGAGCCGCGACAACAGACGCACCGGCGUUUGACCCGAACAAAAACCCCACGCUGCACGUUAACUCCACUGAAAAACCGAGCUCUCUCACUCCUCACAACUAGUACGUUCACAAGCACCGUGACAGCCAGCUCCAAAUGGAACACAAGGGUUUGUGCAUCCUCGCCGUCGUCAUCGCCUUCCAGCUCGCCGGCGGGGAGGCCGUCACCGAUGCCACUGCCCGGGCACGUCGCUUCGCCUGUAACGUGUCGGCGCCGUGCGACACGUUCGUCGUGUACCGGACGCAGUCGCCGGGGUUCCUCGACCUCGGCAACAUCUCGGACCUGUUCGGCGUGAGCCGGGCGCUGAUCGCCAGCGCCAACAAGCUGACCACCGAGGACGGGGUGCUCCUGCCGGGGCAGCCGCUGCUCGUGCCGGUCAAGUGCGGCUGCACGGGCGCGCGCUCCUUCGCCAACGUCACGUACCCCAUCCGGCCUCGCGACACCUUCUUCGGGCUCGCCGUCACCGCGUUCGAGAACCUCACCGACUUCGUCCUCGUCGAGGAGCUCAACCCGGCGGCGGAGGCGACCAGGCUGGAGCCGUGGCAGGAGGUCGUCGUGCCGCUCUUCUGCCGGUGCCCGACGCGGGAGGAGCUCAGCGCCGGGUCACGGCUCCUCGUCACCUACGUGUGGCAGCCCGGGGACGACGUGUCCGUGGUGAGCGCGCUGAUGAACGCCUCCGCUGCCAACAUCGCCGCGUCGAACGGCGUCGCGGGCAACUCCACCUUCGCGACGGGGCAGCCCGUGCUGAUCCCGGUGUCGCAGCCGCCGCGUUUUCCUCCGCUGACCUACGGUGCCAUCGCCGCCGAUCCCGGAGCGGGCAAGCACCGCCACGGCAUCAUCGUGGCGACGAGCAUCGCGGGGUCUUUCGUCGCGUGCGCCGUGCUGUGCACGGCGAUCUUGGCGUACCGGAGGUACCGCAAGAAGGCGCCGGUGCCAAAGCACGUCAGCCCGAAGCUUUCUUGGACCAAGAGCCUGAACAGAUUCGACAGCAAUAGCUCCAUUGCUCGCAUGAUCAAUGGAGGGGACAAGCUGCUCACCAGCGUGUCGCAGUUCAUCGACAAACCGAUCAUCUUUAGAGAGGAGGAAAUCAUGGAAGCGACGAUGAACUUGGACGAACAGUGCAAGCUCGGCAGCUCGUAUUACCGCGCGAACCUUGAAAGGGAGGUGUUCGCGGUGAAGCCGGCGAAAGGCAACGUUGCCGGGGAGCUGAGGAUGAUGCAGAUGGUGAACCACGCCAACCUGACCAAGCUGGCCGGCAUAUCCAUCGGCGCGGACGGCGACUACGCCUUCCUCGUGUACGAGUUCGCCGAGAAGGGCUCGCUUGACAAGUGGCUGUACCAGAAGCCGCCGUGCUCGCAGCCGUCGUCGAGCUCCGUGGCAACUCUGUCGUGGGACCAGAGGCUGGGCAUCGCGCUGGACGUCGCGAACGGCUUGCUCUACCUGCACGAGCACACGCAGCCGAGCAUGGUGCACGGCGACGUCCGUGCCCGGAACAUCCUCCUCACCGCGGGCUUCAGGGCGAAGCUGUCCAACUUCUCCCUGGCCAAGCCGGCCGCCAUGGUCGACGCGGCGGCGACGAGCAGCGACGUGUUCGCGUUCGGGCUGCUCCUCCUCGAGCUCCUCUCCGGGAGGAGGGCGGUGGAGGCGCGCGUCGGGGUGGAGAUCGGCAUGCUGCGGACGGAGAUCCGCACCGUGCUGGACGCCGGCGGGGACAAGAGGGCGGCGAAGCUGAGGAAGUGGAUGGACCCGACCCUCGGCGGUGAGUACGGCGUGGACGCGGCGCUCAGCUUGGCCGGCAUGGCGAGGGCGUGCACCGAGGAGGACGCGGCGCGGCGGCCCAAGAUGGCCGAGAUCGCGUUCAGCCUCUCGGUGCUCGGACAGCCGCUGUCCGUCUCCGACGCGUUCGAGAGGCUAUGGCAGCCCAGCUCGGAGGACAGCAUCGGGAUUGGGAACGAGGUGGCAGCUAGAUAGAUCAAAACACAGCAAUGGGUAUGUAUAACACUGUUGGGUAGUGUUUGGUUGCAAGGUUUGGGAUGGAAUGCGAUGGGACGAACCCACUUUUAAAUAGGUUUGGUUUAGGGGUGAGCGGGAUGGGUUGGUCCCUAAAUAGAAUAACUCUUAAAUCCGGGACCAACCGAUCCGGCAAAAUCGAGCGGACGAACUCGUCCCACCUGAGAUGGGCGCACGGCAUGAGUCCCGUUGCUACUUUGCUCCUCGCAUCAGUCACCUGGGGAUGCUCGACGAGAGCACGUCGGGCUCGAGCGACAGCAGGCGGCUCAGUGACGGCGGCAGUGAAGUUUGGCGGUAGGGAGGGCGGCGGCGGUGGAUCCGAAGGCCGGGGACUCGGCAGCGGCGGCAGAUCCGGAGGCAAAGCACGACUAGCCAUAGCACGCAGAAAUAAAGGAGACCCAAUAAGGGGCUCAAUCGCGGACCAGUAAGACCCAUGAACCAGCUAGACCAAAAGACAAUGCCCUUACAUAUAUCCCUGUCACGAGGACAAUUAUGUAAAAUCAUUAGCACACCAAAAUUUAAAGGUUGUAAACCUAUAAAUAGAUCUCAAAUAAUGUGUAAUAGGAGAUCCAAUUUUAGAGAGAAACUAAUAUACUAUUUAUUAUUUUCCUUUCCACUUAAAAUGAAGCUUGACUUUGGUACAAGCGUUUGUCCUU